AUUGUUGCACGUUCGUAAAAAAUUCCAGCUUUCUGUAGAACUUCAUGUUGUUAUUUCAUUUUGACAUGUUUUUCGUUUACAUUUUAGGAAGAGUUUAUUGAUGGAAAGUUGAAAUUAAACAUUUUCAGCAGCGUUUAUUUUCAGUAUGGUUCUGCUUCAGUUCCAAGUACGUUUACUUACGCCAAAUCGUCCGUAUAUUUAAAUACUACGCAUAAAAAUUCUCUACAUACUGCAGCUGGAGCUUCUGUAAGUGUGAAUGCUUGAAAUAAUCCACGGAUAUGCUAAAACCGCUACCGUUAUUAUAUGGUUAGUAAUCGCAAUCGUAUCAAUGUCGUGUCCGGAUGUUAGUGGGAUAGAAAUGCGUCAUACUGCUGGAAUACUGCUUUAACUAUUUAUUUAAACAUUGGUCAUAUAUUAAACACACUACAGAAACGCCCAGUGCAUCGUGCGCGUUGAAAAUUUAAAACAAUUGUGCCUAAGCUAAUUUAUACAUUUUGAUUAUCCAAAAAUUUAAAAAUAACUUAGUAUUCCAGCAGCGCUGCUUAGAGUCACUCUGCCAAACUUGUGCCAAACUGCAAGCCGUGCUAACAACUCCGCUGCCUACAACCAGCACCACAGUGCCAACGAGCGCUCCCCAUGUACCAACACGGUGCUGCACGGUGUUCCGGCGUACACAAUACAGGGAUAUUUUAGGUAGAUAUCAAAUUCAGUGGUGGCAAAUCUGUCGCACUUGUGUCUAAAUAUAUCAGCCUUAACAUGGAUUCCAAUAAAGAUAAAUUAGCUGUUGCCAUUAGAGAUAAAUAUCUACCACUCAAGCAUAACUUAACUGAUGAACAUGCGGAUGUGAUUUCGAAGUUAAUUGGGGCUAUUCGUCAUGAAAACAAGGAGAGGAUUUUAGAAAUAUUAGAACCAUGGUCGGACGAAUUGAAAGAUAAAUAUCUGUCUAUAAGUUGCAAAUAUUUAUUGGACCAAAAUAUUCCAAUUUCUUACAACAUUAGUGAGUUUGUUAGCAUUUCUUUGCUUAAAUUGCGGUUUUAUUUUCCUGGUGUUGAAAAGCAACUGCAACCAAGUAAAGCCAAUAAAACAAACAUAUUGAAAUACAUGAUGAAACAUAUGGACGCAAUUUUGAUCUGGAAAGGUCCAACGGAUAAAAUAUUAUUAUAUCAUAUCAAACAAGUAGUAUUAAUGGCUAAUGAAGUAAAAUACUUGUUUCGCUCUGAAACUGAACAGCUGCCUUGGUUCAAACUAAUAUUUUGUUGCGUACAAUAUAUUAAAUAUUUUAACACAACAAAUUAUCGGAAAUCAUUAACAGAAUUUAUGUCCAAUGAUAAAUUGAUUAAUUAUAUUCAGUUGUGGAAAAUCGGCUUAGAGAAUAUGAAUUCUAAAAAGAUUAUGCAAGAUCAGGAUAUACAAUACAUGUUGCAGGAUUUUGAAUACACUUAUGAUUACAUAAGAGAUAAAUACGUUGUGAAAAGAAUGAAAAGGUACUGCUCAGUGCAAAGAAGUUUUUUGAGUAAUUUAAGAAUGUUGCAAGUAAUUGGUGAAUGUUUAAAAAGUACAGACCAGAACUCAAAUAUUUCAUUACGCUUAAAAGAACAUUUUAAGUCGCAUUUGGGAACAGAUUACAAAAACUUGAUUAAACUCAGAGGCACUAUAUCUAACUUAACAGGAAUACCACAAUGUAAUCAAUAUGUCAUAAAACAAGUUGCCAAAUUGACGCGCACAAUGGAAUCAACACUUCGAAAGAAUUCAGAUUCAAUAUUCAAUGAAUUCGAUUCUGGUUAUGAUUCUGAUUCUGAUAAUAAUAUAUAUGAUUCUCAAGAAGACCUAAUUAAGACAAUAAACCAAGAAAUUAUAGAUGCUCCAAAAUUGUCAUAUAAUGAUUGCUUAAAACAAUUAGAAGAUGCCCUCAAUCAUAAUAAAGAACAAGGAGAAAUUGAAAUGCUACUUAUGAUCAUAUUGAAUAAUUUAAAUCAAGAACAAGGCAGAUUGAAUGCAAAUCGGAAAUGGUUCAUGGAGAAAUAUCCAACACUAACUGGCCGACAACUCAGAAACCAUCUUGCACAUGGAGAUCCAAUUGUAGAAUUAAUGGAUGUGGAUAUAAAGAUGGCAGCCAGACACACAGCAACAAUGCUGAUUGAGGAAUUGAAAAUGAACGAUGAAAACAAGGAAAAGAUCGAGAAGGUUACAAGAAGACCCGCAAUUGAAGUGAUGCAGGAAUUUGAUUAUCAACAAAUAACACACUUGGAAGAACAGGAGAAAUUGUUUCUUAUUAUUAUGGAAGGUGACUUGGAAAAAUUUAAAGACUACUUAAAAAAUAUUAGUUCCGAAUGGAUUAACUGGCAUCAUUUAAGAAAGAAAAAUGCAUUACAAUAUGCUGCAGCAAACAAGAACGAUAAUUUAGAGUUAUUUCAAUUUAUUUUUGAAAAAAGUUCAAAUUAUAUGAAACAAAUUAAGACAGAUAGUAGCUUACUAUUUCAAGCUUUAAGACAAAAUAAUUUUAAAAUAGCAAAACGCAUUGCCGAGUUGCAUAUUUGUGCAUUGCUCGAGAACGACAGAACAUACUUGCAACCAAAUGAUAAUAAUGAUAUAUUGGAAUUAUGCAAAAAAUUAAUCAAAACUGAGAAAAUUAACAGCUUUUGGAACGUUUGUUAUUAUCAAAUAAGUUGCGAUUAUUUAAACAAUCUUAAACUUAUGUUAGAUGAAAUUUAUGAGAGGGAAUUACGCGUAAGUUCUGAAAUGACGACUUCAUGGUUUCAAAUAGCUUACACUUUUAAUGCUAAAAAAGUGAUGAAGUAUCUUAUCAACAUUGGGUAUACAAUUUUAUAUCAUAAAGAUUAUCCUAAUAUCACCAAUGAAGAAAUAGUUAAAUAUUGCGAUACUGAAAAAUAUAAUGAAUUAAGAGAGAUUAUUAAAAGUGGACAAGUAUUCAAAGUAAAAGAAUAUAGAAAAAAAUCACCAGAUAUGUUAGAGCAAUGUCAUGAUGAUGACUUUAACGUCAUGAACAGCUUGCAUUUUGCUAUCAAAAGUGGGAAUCCAGAAAUGGUUAAACAAGUGUAUCAAUGCUUCCCAGUUUUGUUAUUUACAGUGAAUAAUAAAUGCAAGUCACCUUUAGAUGUCGCCAUCGAGGAGAAUCGUGUUCAGGAAUUUAAUAUUUUAAUGGAACUGGCAGUCAAUAAUACAUGGAAACUCCCACAAUUGUUUAAGAUGUUGGCAGCUAUAAUUAUUAAUUUGCAUGAAUCAAAUAUUUUUCGGAACAACAAUGUCGUAGUUGAAAAUGUAUUAUCAAAUACAAUAAAUGCAAUGGAUAUGAAUCCCGAUGAAAAGACGGUUCAAUAUUGGGCAAUUAAAUUGGCUAAAAGCAUGUUAGGAUACUACAAUUCAAAUGAGCACUUGAUUAACAUCUGGGAACAAAUAGCAAUUAAUACACUAUUCCAUUUUCCUGAUGAAUCGCCCAUUGUCAAACAGUGUAUAGGUUAUGUUGUAGAGAUAUUCGACCAUAAGUUGAGUGCAGAACCGAAAUAUAACAUCGAAUACGAAUUAGAAUCUAUCUUAAAGCGAUGUGCCAGAUAUUCUCAUCCAUCAGUCAUUCUAGAGAAACUCAAUAUUGCAUUAAAAAAUAAAAUCGAAUAUGAACAUUGGAUUAAGAGAAUAACACACCAUGCCAAAUAUGCAAUUGAUACAUUUAGGGAUGAUCCUCUUAUUCAACCAUAUGCAUCUAAGUUGAUGUAUUAUUUGAAGAAAAGUGAAUCAAAUUCAUCAGUUAAUGAUCCUUUUCCACAAACAUUUUUGAAAAUCGUACCAUCUGCAUCUAAGGAAUUUCAGUUAACUAGCUCUAAGCCAAUGAAAUCAGAAGAAACUGAUAACAAGAUAAAAUGUGACUGGUUAACUUAUUCGGUUAAAAUCCAUUUUGCCAUACAAUUCCAAAUUAAGAAAUGAAGAGGUGCAUGCAAUUAGGAAAUUAAUUAGUGCUAUCCAAGAAGAUCAAAAAGACAACAUAUUACAAAUUAUGGAUUCAUUUAAAACAGAUUCUAAAGAUGAGUUACUUGCAAUGGCUGCAACAUACUUAAAUGAUCAACAUUUUAAAAUCCCUAAGGAAGUUGCCAAAUUCAUUAACACCACUUUACUUACAUAUCGUUUUUAUACAAAUUACACUAUACCUAUACCGCCAAAAUCAAACUUACUCGAAAGCGAAAAAGAGGGAAGAUUGGAGUAUUUAAUCCAACAAAUGAACAUUAUUUUGGAAUGGCCGGGUUCAAACAAUCAAGUUUUGAUGUAUCACAUAAAACAAGUUAUAUUCCAUGCAGAUUAUGUUGAAUUUUGGCACCGAAGUGUGCUCCCAGAAUUGCCAUGGAUUCAGCUCAAAUUUUAUCUUCAGCAAUACAUUAAGUAUUUCACUUCAAAAGAUGAGAUUCACUUAUAUCAAAUUGAACUUAUAUCACAAAAAGAACUGACGAAAAUUAUUAAUUUGUUUCGAACAAUGCUAUUAUGCGUAAAGAAUAAAAAAGAUUCAUCAAAAAUUAAGUUAACAAGUGAAGAUAAGACUAUAAUAGAGGAAUUUAAAAAGAUAUAUCAUGAAAUAAGGGAUGUAUACGUGUUGUACAGAAUUUGUCAUUAUGUUGAAUCAAACGAGAAAAAGAAUGGCCUAACCAUAUUACGAAUAGUACAAGUAAUUGGCAAAUGUCUGAAGAAUUCCGAUAAAACACCGAAUGUUUCAGAUUGCUUGCUAGAGCAUAUUAAAGAAUAUUUUUUUGAAGAAGAAAUUGCAGGUAUCAUCAGGCUUAGUGAUAAUAUAUCUCAUUUAACAAGUAUACCCAAUUGUACUGAGAGGAUACAAACAAUAUUUGACAAGACUUUGAAUGAUAUUUCAAAAUGUUUUAUUCAGAUUAAAAUAAAUUAUAUAUACAAGGAAUGCAAUGGUCGCAUCAAAAAAUUUAUAAAAGGACCAACUGAAAUUGGAGAUUUGCCUAACUUUUAUAAAGUAACACAUAAAAAUCUAAUUGAUGAUAUUUUGAGUCGGGAACCUUCUAAACAAAAGAGAAGCAAAAUUCAGCACAAUAUUAAUAUUCAUUUAUUGCAAUCAGUUAUCACCAGUGAGGGAGAAAAUAUACCAGAAUACAAAGAUGAUUUAAUGCAACUCCGUAAAUUGCAAAAUAAGACUAAUGGUUAUAUGGAAAUGGAAUUGAUACUUAUGAUUAUAUUAAAUAACUUAAAUAAGAAACAAAAGAGACUAAACAAUAAUCUAGAAUGGUUUAAAGAGAUGUAUCCCACUUUGACUGGUCAACAACUUAGAAAUCAUCUGGCUCAUGGAGAUCCCAUUGUUGAGUUAUUGCGUAUCGAUGAAGAAGUGGCAGUCAGAGACACUGCAAAACUGCUAACUGCUGAAAUUGCCAACUCUUCUAAGUUUGUAAUACAGAAGAUAACAAAAGCGUUGAAAUUGGAUCAGAUGGAAGAAAUUAAUAUAAAUCAACGCAACAAAAUUGAGCAAAUGGAAAAUCUUUUCGAAUAUAUUAUCGAAGGUAAUUUAGAACGAGUUAAAACACUGUUAGAUAAUAUUCAAGAUAAAUGGGUAGACUGGUGUGACAAGAACGAACACAACGUACUUGAAAUAACUGCACAAAACAAAAAAGACAAUGUAAAACUAUUUGAAUUUGUUUUAAAUCAAAAUUCAAACUUUAUGAAUGAUAUCAAUAAAUAUGGCAAUUCAAUUUUACAAAUUGCCAGUAUGGCUGGCAAUACUAAUAUCACAAAGUACAUUCUGGAGAAAAAUAUUAUGGCAUUAUAUGAGCAAGAAAAACUUCCAAGAAUAUCGGAGUCAAUCACCGAUGUUAACAAGCUCUUGACCGAAUUGAUUAAAACGACCCGUACAAUUAAACCAAAACAACAAAAUGCAUGGAAUGCUAUUGCUCAGUAUGUAAUAUGCCUGAAUAAUGAAGACACCAUGAAAUCAGUGACUAAAUUAUUUUACUACAGUUUACUUGAUUGUCCAUUAGACAACAAUUUGAAUACAUAUCUGCAUAUCGCAUGUAUACAUGGAGCAGAAAAAGUUGUGCAAUAUUUGAUUAAAAUUGGGUAUAACUUAAAUUGUCGCAACAUUCACAAAGAUACUCCACUCUCGUUGGCAAUCCAUCAUAAACGUGAUAAUAUCAUCCGACUACUAUUAAAUAAGGGCGCAAUUGUGUUUAAUGUAAAUAAUAUUACUGAAAGUAUUAAAAUACUAUUUAACGCCCCAAAUUAUGACGAACAUGAACAAUUGUGGGAUAUCAUAAAAAGUGGAAAAGUAGAAGACUUAAAUGAAAGCAUGAUAGCUCCAAGUCGUUUAGAGGAUGGCCGUAACUGUUUGCAUUUUGCUGUUGAAAGCAACAAUUCUGUCAUGAUUCAACGCAUAUAUGAUGAAUAUCCGCAUUUAUUAGUCACAUACGAUUUGCAAUUAAUUACACCUUUAAACUUUGUUAUAAGCAAAAAUAAUGAAUCUCUACAUAAAUGUAUAUUAUGUAUAUUAGAUUUGGUUUUCAAAGAAUAUAGUGGCAAAGAUAUUGUGCAAAGUGAACUUUUCAAAAAUGUUGUUAAGACAUUGAUGAAAACAAGCAAUGAUAAAAUUGCUGAAGUUGUAAUGAACAAGAUUUUAGAUGUAGUAAAUAUGUACCCGGAUGAUAAGUUUUUGAAUUAUUGGAUAAUUAACUUGGUGAACCAUUAUUUCAAAACUAUAAAUGAAUAUGGUACAGAUAAAGUUAAGAUAUGCCUUAAUUUGGUCAAAAAUGGAAUUAGGAACUUUACGGAGAAACAAAUAAUUGAACAAUGCAUAUGUUUAUUUGUAAAUAUUUUCAUCAAUAAUUCACAAUGGGAGAAUAAUCAUAUAUCGGAUACCUUUAAUUAUCUUUUGGAAGAAGGUAAAAAUAAGAAUAGAUUGUUUAUUUUGGAAUGCUUGAAUAAUCAAUUUGAUUCUGCAAAUUUGGAAAACAUCUCAGAUUUUAAGUAUGAAUUAAUAUCAAAAUACUCGUAUAUUGUGCAUGCAAUAAGAAACAAGGAGAGUGUUUCCAAAAUACAAUAGCAUUCAAACUCAUUAACCUGCUGAUAGAUGAUAACAAACAGCCUCACAUUGACAAAUCAUUACUUCGUAAAUCUUUGCUGAACGUAAUUUAAGUUAAUAAACCUGACGACUACGCAAUGGUUCUUUGUGCAAAGAUAUUUGCAGAGUACUUUUACACUAGUUCUCAAGAUUCUCUUGAAAAUGUCGACGAGGCGAUAAAAUCCGAAUUGUAGCAAUUGCACAUUAGAGAAAAACCAAAUCGUUUCAAUAUUUAAAAUAUUGAUUACUUGCUUCAUAUAAAACAAUAUUUGUAAAAUUUUCUAAAAUUAUCUAUUAAACUAAGUUGUAAAAAAAUUCAAAAUUUAAACUUAUAAAAUAUUGUGGAAAAUAAAUCAAAGUACCAAUA